AUGGAGACCCUGCUUGGCGGCCUGCUGGCGUUUGGCAUGGCGUUUGCCGUGGUCGACGCCUGCCCCAAGUACUGCGUCUGCCAGAACCUAUCUGAGUCGCUGGGGACCCUGUGCCCGUCCAAGGGGCUGCUCUUCGUGCCCCCGGACAUCGACCGGCGGACGGUGGAGCUGCGCCUGGGCGGCAACUUCAUCAUCCACAUUGGCCGCCAGGACUUCGCCAACAUGACGGGGCUGGUGGACCUGACCCUGUCCAGGAACACCAUCAGCCACAUCCAGCCCUUCUCCUUCCUGGACCUCGAGAGCCUGCGCUCCCUGCACCUCGACAGCAACCGGCUGCCCAGCCUCGGGGAGGACACGCUGCGCGGCCUGGUCAACCUGCAGCACCUCAUCGUGAACAACAACCAGCUGGGCGGCGUGGCCGACGACGCCUUCGAGGACUUCCUGCUCACGCUGGAGGACCUGGACCUCUCCUACAACAACCUCCACGGCCUGCCCUGGGGCUCCGUGCGCCGCAUGGUCAACCUGCACCAGCUCAGCCUGGACCACAACCUGCUGGACCACAUCGCCGAGGGCACCUUCGCUGACCUGCAGAAGCUGGCCCGCCUGGACCUCACCUCCAACCGGCUACAGAAGCUGCCCCCGGACCCCAUCUUCGCCCGCUCCCAGGCCUCCGCGCUGGCCGCCACGCCCUUCGCCCCGCCCUUGUCCUUCAGUUUCGGGGGGAACCCGCUGCACUGCAACUGUGAGCUCCUCUGGCUGCGGAGGCUGGAGCGGGACGAUGACCUGGAGACCUGCGGCUCCCCGGGGGGCCUCAAGGGCCGCUACUUCUGGCACGUGCGUGAGGAGGAGUUCGUGUGCGAGCCGCCCCUCAUCACCCAGCACACGCACAGGCUGCUGGUGCUGGAGGGCCAGGCGGCCACACUCAAAUGCAAGGCCAUCGGGGACCCCAGCCCGGUCAUCCACUGGGUGGCCCCGGACGACCGCCUGGUGGGGAACUCCUCGAGGACCGCCGUGUAUGACAAUGGCACCCUGGACAUCCUCAUCACCACGUCUCAGGACAGCGGCGCCUUCACCUGCAUCGCCGCCAACGCCGCCGGGGAGGCCACGGCCACGGUGGAGGUGUCCAUCGUCCAGCUGCCACACCUCAGCAACAGCACCAGCCGCACGGCGCCCCCCAAGUCCCGCCUCUCGGACAUCACUGGCUCCAGCAAGACCAGCCGGGGAGGAGGGGCAGGCAGCGAGGGCGGGGAGCCUCCCAAAAGCCCCCCAGAACGGGCGGUGCUCGUGUCGGACGUGACCACCACCUCGGCCCUGGUCAAGUGGUCGGUCAGCAAGUCGGCGCCCCGGGUGAAGAUGUAUCAGCUGCAGUACAACUGCUCCGACGAUGAGGUACUGAUUUACAGGAUGAUCCCAGCUUCCAAUAAGGCCUUUGUGGUCAACAACCUGGUGUCCGGGACGGGCUAUGACCUGUGCGUGCUGGCCAUGUGGGACGACACUGCCACGACGCUCACGGCCACCAACAUCGUGGGCUGCGCCCAGUUCUUCACCAAGGCCGACUACCCGCAGUGCCAGUCCAUGCACAGCCAGAUCCUGGGCGGCACCAUGAUCCUGGUCAUCGGCGGCAUCAUCGUGGCCACGCUGCUGGUCUUCAUCAUCAUCCUCCUGGUGCGCUACAAGGUCUGCAACCACGACACCCCCGGCAAGAUGGGAGCCACCGCGGUCAGCAAUGUACACUCGCAGACCAACGGGGCGCAGCUGCCCGCUGUGGGCAGCGUGCCCAGCGGGGCCCCCGCCCCGGCCCCGGGGCCGCCCAAGGUGGUGGUGCGCAAUGAUCUGCUGGACUUCAGCCCCAGCCUGGCCCGCGGCAGUGACUCCUCCUCCUCCAGCUCCCUGGGCAGUGGGGAGGCCGGGGCGCUGGGGCGGGGCCCCUGGAGACUCCCGCCCCCUGCCCCACGCCCCAAGCCCAACCUUGACCGCCUCAUGGGGGCCUUCGCCUCCCUGGACCUCAAGAGUCAGAGGAGGGAGGAGCUGCUGGACUCCAGGACUCCAGGCGGGAGAGGGUCUGGGACACCGACCAGGGGCCACCACUCAGACCGAGAGCCGCUGCUGGGACCCCCUGCAGCCCGGGCCAGGAGCCUGCUCCCCCUGCCCCUGGAAUGCAAAGCCAAACGCAGCCAUUCCUUUGACAUGGGGGACUUCGCAGCUGCAGCAGUGGCAACAGGAGGGGGCGCCCCGGGUGGCUACAGCCCCCCUCGGAGGGUCUCGAACAUCUGGACGAAGCGCAGCCUCUCUGUCAAUGGCAUGCUCUUGCCCUUCGAGGAGAGUGACCUUGUGGGGGCCCGGGGCACGUUUGGCAGCUCCGAGUGGGUGAUGGAGAGCACGGUGUAG